ACGCAUAUAUAUAUAUAACUAUAUAUUACUCAUCAUCAUCAUCAUCCUUGCCUUUUCGCCGUUGUUGCAGAAGAGCGAGAGAGAGAGAGGCGCACGCACUUUCUCUUUCUCUCUCUAGAAAGUAGGAAGGAAAAUACUCCUAUAUAAAGAGGAGAUAUAUAUAUAUAUAUAGAGAGAGAGAGAGGGAGCUGUUCUCAUCCAAAAGCUGUCUGUAUAGGAAUUAAGGAUUCCAUUUUCUCAAUACCCAUUUUUGAAAUUUUAAAGAGAAAGAAGAAAAAUAUUCAAUUUGGAGUGUUUAUCGGUCAUCUUCUCCAUUGAUAAUAACUCUUUUCUUUCUCUCACUCUCUCUUCGACUGCGUUUUCGGUUGGGAAUUUCUCAAGCUUCUGAUCCGACGGCUCAGGAUCUCCUGGUCCCUCUAAUCGUACGCCCAGGAUUUCUUUGUCAGUCUCACCUCUUCUUCUCUCUCCAUCUUUACGGAGCUGAACUUCUCUGACGGUCAGCCCAUGGAGCCUAAUGGUGAUAGGAGAUUACGGGCAAACCAUCAUAGUAGUCGAGAAAAUGGUGAUGUUAAUCAUUAUAGUGCUACUGAUGACCUUGAUCCAUGGACAGCAUGGGCAUACAAGCCUCGGACCAUUUCAAUGUUACUUAUCGGGGCAUGCUUUCUAAUUUGGGUAAGUGGGGUCUUGGAUCCAGAAGGCAGUGCAUCUGGAGAUGUUGUUACAUCAGUUAAAAGGGGCAUAUGGGCAAUGAUAGCAGUUUUUCUAGCUUAUUGCUUGCUGCAAGCCCCAUCAUCGAUUCUGAUUAGACCGCAUCCAGCAAUUUGGCGCUUAGUUCAUGGCAUGGCUGUUGUUUACCUUGUUGCUCUCACAUUUUUGCUUUUUCAGAAGCGAGAUGAUGCUCGGCAGUUUAUGAAGUUUCUCCAUCCGGAUCUUGGUGUUGAACUUCCUGAAAGAUCUUAUGGAGCUGACUGCCGCAUAUAUCUUCCCGAAAAUCCUACAAGCAGGUUUAAGAAUGUUUAUGAAACACUUUUUGAUGAAUUCGUUUUAGCUCAUAUUAUUGGAUGGUGGGGUAAAGCUAUAUUGCUUCGUAAUCAGCCUCUUCUUUGGGUGCUAUCAAUUGGAUUUGAGAUGAUGGAGCUUACCUUCCGUCACAUGCUACCAAAUUUUAAUGAAUGCUGGUGGGACAGUAUUGUUCUUGAUAUUUUGAUCUGCAACUGGUUUGGUAUCUGGGCAGGAAUGCAUACCGUUAGGUACUUUGAUGGAAAAACGUACAAGUGGGUUGGGAUAAGCCGUCAACCUAAUAUUAUUGGAAAAAUGCAUUUUUUACUGACUCAGGUAAAAAGAACACUAGAACAAUUUACACCAGCUCAGUGGGACAAAGAUGAGUGGCAUCCCCUGCUUGGUCCAUGGCGUUUCAUUCAAGUUGUUAGUCUUUGUAUCGUCUUCCUCACAGUAGAGCUCAACACCUUCUUUCUGAAGUUCUGUUUGUGGAUUCCUCCUCGAAACCCCGUUAUUGUGUAUAGGUUGAUAUUGUGGUGGCUAAUAGCAAUUCCUACAAUCCGCGAGUACAAUUCAUAUCUUCAAGACAGAAAACCAGCGAAAAAAGUCGGCUCAUUCUGUUGGCUUUCCUUGGCUAUUUGCAUAGUAGAGCUUCUCAUUUGCAUCAAGUUUGGACAUGGAUUAUAUCCAAAAUCUAUGCCAUUAUGGCUGAUAACCUUUUGGACAUCUGCUGGAGCAUUCUUUAUACUAUUCGUCGUUGCCUGGUCCUGGCAAUCUCACAGAAGUUUAAUGAGAAAGAGGCAAUGAUUUUGCAGUUGUUGGUUAUUCUUUGAUUCCCAUCUUUUUUUUCUUUUUCUUGAGGUUGUCAUAUCACUUUUCAUGUAAAUACUGAUCCUCUUUAUAAAAUUGUAAAUGCUUAUUAUUCUCUCAUUAGAGUAGUGGAUCACAGUUUCUUGAUCAUCAUCAACAGAGAAUAUAGAUUCUUUCUUGUUAGGUAGUGAGAAAUGCUUUUACUGGGAGGCUCAUGAGUUACUGGUUGCCACUAUUACUGGCAAAAUUUUCUCUGGUCUAAGAAUCCCAUUUUCACUCUUCCAACAUUAUGUUCUAAUUUUCCAGUUUUUUCUUGUGUGAUCUAUAAAAAGAAUUAAGAAAAAGAAAAAGAAGUAAAUUCAGUUC